AUGUGCCGUCUGGCUCUAUACUCCGUUCUCCUCUUGACGGUCAUUUGUUCUUCGAUAGUGGAAGCCGCUAAGGAAGUGUGCUCCAUCGAAUGCAUAAGCAGCUUACUGGCUCCUGAGCGAGGUCUCAUCAGCCUGAUCGUUCGCCUCACCAAUAAAAAUACGACUGAAAUAGGGAACUACUCAUUCCUUCUGGGAGACAUGCCCUCUGAGCUCAGAGAAACUUUCGAAAGUAAUCGUGACGCCGAGCAGUACAUUUCCGAUCUUCACGCAACUGUACAGACAUUCCAAGACAUGGGUUCUCGGACUACAGCUUCACGAGUGACGGCACUCGAUUCGUCCGAGUCAUCCUCGUCGUCAUCAGAGAUAACUGAAGCCGCCUCUCCGAAGGAACAAGAGGAGAGAACCCGUGGGCGGCGUCCCGCUCGAGAUGAGGCGUUUUCCGGCUCCAACGAGAUGGGAGAGACAAGGAUCAAAGGCGAUCUGGAUUAUCCCAUUGAGCUCCAGACCGAUGGACGUAUCAUGGUCACGUAUCAUAAUCGGCGCUAUGAUACGAACGACCUCCAAGCUCUCCUGUAUCGUAUGAAUCCCGAGGAACGAUCGAAACUCAUACAGGAACUCCGGAUCCUCGGAUUUCCCAUUGAUCGGGACGGCAGACGAAUCGCUCAGACGUCUUACAGCUCGACCAAGUUCUCAUUCUCUUGGAAAUCUACGACGAGAGGACAGAAGCGGUUCCGAAUCAAUGGCGAAGAGUUUGAUCUGCCGGAUGAGAACUCUCGUCUGAGCGACUUCUUGAAACGUCAACCGAAAAUCACCUACGACUUCCUGAAGAAAAUGAAAACAACUGGUGUCGCCUUCGAUGUCGAUCGCGGACUCGAAGAGCCUCUGUCUGAGGACAGUUACGUGUUGAAAGCUGACCACAAGAGAAUAUUCAUGACGAUUCGAGGUGCGGACUUCGACAUCCCGGAUCAGCUGCCUGAACUCUCUAAGAAGGUGAAUCGCAACGAGCUCCAGCAAAUAUACGCAACUCUCCAUCGCGACGGCUUCCCGGUCACGUUGGAUGGAGACGUGAUCGCCGAAGAUUCGUCGUCACAGCAGGAGGACGCCACGACAGAGAAUGACACAGACAUGGACGUUCUGAAAUCAGAGAGGACAGUCAUUAUCACGGUGGAUCAUCAAAAGUUCCGACUGCCGAAGCAGCGUGACACCUUGUCUAAUCUUUUGCACGAGAAACCCUGGUUGCGAUACGAGGUCCUCAAGGUCUCCGUCGAACACGACGUCGGCUUCAACAUCAAUACCAUGGACAUAGAUUUACCGGAGUCAAAUCCAGUCAGCGAUGGCAAACGCCGAGAGGAGGAGAAUCAAGCGGAUUACGACCUCAUCACGACGAAAGAUGGUGAGAUGGAAAUUCUGGUAGCAGGAGCGAACCUGAAAGUUCCCGAGGAUUUGCCAAGGCUCAAUCAGCUGGUCAGCUCGACGACGCUCGUGAUGAUCGUCACAAGGUUGAAACAGAUUGGGAUCCCGGUCACGAUGCAGAAUAAUCGAGUUGUCGUACAAUCCGAGAGGACUUCAUCGUACAGGAUCGAGGUCGAAGCGAAGACGAGGAACAAAGUUCUCGUAACCGUAAUCAUCACCAUGAACGGGGAGCGUUACGUCCUGCCGAGAGACGCAGACGCAUUCCAGGCUGCCAUUCAUCGAGAGCCCGCCAUGACAUUCCAACUAUUCAAGCUGUUGGCCAAGUAUCACAUUCCGGUUGAGUUCAACGAGAAGUCGGGACAAGUCAGUUUCACAUUCGAGACCGAAGAGGAAGAAGACGAACCGUAUGAGAUCUCGUCUCAGAACGGGAAAAUCCUAAUCCGUAUCGGAUCCGAGGAUCUCGUGAUUCCGCGGGAUCUUCAAAAACUCACUGGGAUCCUCAGCAGUCAGAACCUUCGUAAACUGGUUGAGGAGCUCAAAUCCUUCGGAACUCCUGUAGAGCUUCGUGGUAGUAGGAUCGUGAUUACCAGAGAACAAAAGACGAGCUAUCGAAUAGCUCUACAGGUGGCGACUUUGAGGAAGCAACCGAUUCGAGCGAUCGUAUCUAUAAACAAUGAAAGGUAUGAGUUGCCUCGAGACGAGGAGAGGUUCCAAGCCUUCUUGAUGCGAGUCCCCACGGUCAAAUACAAGAUAUUCCAACUGCUCUCGAGCAAGAAUAUCCCCAUGAGAUAUGACAACGAAACGAAGAAGCUUCAGAUCAAGUUCGCCAGCUUGCCUAAGAGACCACCCCCGAACGGUGUCAUUCCCAACGCGGUUUUCAUGCGACAGAACCCAGGUCAACAGAUGAGAAGAGGACAGCUCAAUCGAAAUUGAGAAUAGCCUUGCAUUCCACCAGGUUGUCCUCAUGUAUAGAGCCAUUGAGUGGAAACGUUUGACAAGAGUCUUUUUCAAUAAAUUUGCGGACCCGCGGGAGGCCCUUUCCCCCCAAAA